UUCUUCUCCUCAUCUCCUCCACCGCUUCAAAAUACGCAAUCACGCACCCUGCCAAAAUCCACUGUUUUUCUACCAAAUCUUAUCUAUAUCUUCACUCUCAUGGCGUCCGCCACCGCCGGAAAAGCUGCCGCCGCCGCAAAGCCUAAGAAAGCCGCUGCCGCUCCUAAGAAGCCUCGAGCUCAUCCUCCUUAUGUUGAGAUGAUAUCGGAGGCGAUUGCGGCGUUGAAGGAGAGGACCGGUUCAAGUCAGGUGGCGAUAGCGAAGUUUAUCGAGGAGAAACAGAAGGAAUUGCCGCCCAACUUCAGGAAGCUGUUGCUGGUCCAGCUUAAGAAGCUCGUGGCGUCGGGGAAGCUUACGAAGGUGAAGAACUCGUUCAAGCUCGCCGGAACUGCCAAGACUGCCGUCGCCGCCGUCCCCGCUUCCAAGCCCAAAGCUCCCAAGGCCGCAGCAGAGCCGAAGAAGAAGACCGUCGCCGCCAAGCCCAAAGCUGCGGCUGCAAAGAAGGUGCUUGUGGAAAAGCCUAAGAAGAAGGUUUCAACCCCGUCUAAAGCUAAAAAGCCGGCGGCCAAAGCCAAACCUGCCAAGAGAACUCCGGUGAAGAAGGUGGCCCUGUCUAAAGUAAAGUCUCCGGUGAAGAAGCCCAAGAGUAUCAAGUCGCCGGCGAAGAGGGCGAGGAAAUGAAGCAAUGAAAAUGGCGAAAAAGGCGUUAGCUUUAGGCUCUGAUAACAUAGUUUGUGUUAGGGUUUGUAAAGUAUCUAAUGUUUGAGAUGAUGACUAUAUAGUUUCAGUGUAAUCCCUUUUCUUCUUCUUCCUUUUCGGCCAUUGAUCUUAAAUGGUGGUGUUUUUUUCAAGUAGUCUGGUUUGUUCUAUGUAAUAUAAAGCUUGAAAGGUUUGAAGACAUUCUUGAAA